UCCUUUUCUGACCGCCGCCAGAAGCUCCAGGCUCGGACUGGCAGGUCUCGUCCCGCCAACCGGCCCAGUUUCCCCCCGUCCUGCUCAAGUCCAGACCCGGGAGGAACCCGCGCCAGACGGAACCAAACGGACUGAGUGAGUCUUCCUUACUGGACGCGGCACCAUAACCCCCAGGAAUCCCAAGAUCCCGCGGGGAAAGAGACUUUUUGCAGAAAUUGACUUGGGCCGCGACGGCCUCUGGGAAAUGUAGUCCGGUGCAGGAAAGCAGCGGACCUUUUCAGAUGCUUCCCAGCACCAAGUUGCACUCCCACAGGCUGCGAGCGCCGGGAUCCAGGGAAGCUGCUGGCGUAAAACUCGAACCGAGCCUCCUCGGCCGAUCUGGGCGCCUAGGAACGCAGCGUUCUGCCUUCUCAGGCCCUGUUCAUUCCCAGAAAGAGGAAAUGACUGAGUUCCAGCUUGAAGAACUUCUUUCAGCAUUUCUUCUAAGGAGUGUGUUGUUACAGGAAACAGUGACUUUCAAAGAUGUGGCGAUUGACUUCACCCAGGAAGAGUGGCAACAAUUGGAUCCUGCUCAAAGGAACCUGUACAGGAAUGUGAUGCUAGAAAACUAUAACAACUUAAUCACAGUGGGCUGUCCAUUCACCAAACCUGAUGUGAUUUUCAAGUUGGAGCAAGAAGAAGAACCAUGGGUGACGGAGGAAGAAGUGUUAAGGAAACACCAUCCAGGAGAAAUAUGGAGAAACGUUGACCAUCAGAAUAUACAGGACAGACUUUUGACACAACUUGGAGAUAAGUUCAUAAAAACUUUGACUGAAGAAAAAGUCAGUGAAUGUCAUAAGAAAAUUUCUUACAUGUUUUCUCCAAACUCAAACUUUUUUCCUUCUAUUCACAACCUCUAUGACCCUAACUUAUUUGGAAAGUAUUUAGAACAUAAUUUUGACCAUCAAAAUAAUGAGAGAAUCCUUAUAAAAAAGGAAUACUGUGAAUAUAAUGAACCUAUGAAGUCAUCUGGCAAUAGCUCAUCACAUCUUGUAGUAACCCCCUUUAAGUGUAAUCAUUGUGGAAAAGGAUUUAGUCAAACCUUGGAUCUCAUCAGACACCUGAGAAGUCACACUGGAGAGAAACCCUAUGAAUGUAAAAAAUGUAGGAAAGCCUUCAGCCAUAAGGAAAAACUCCUAAAACAUCAGAAAAUUCACAGUAGGGAACAGUCUUAUGAAUGUAAUGAAUGUGGGAAAGCUUUCAUUAAAGUGUCAAAUCUCAGUAGACAUCAAAGAAUUCAUACUGGAGAGAAACCUUAUGCAUGUAAGGAAUGUGGGAAAUUCUUCAGCCAGAAAUCCAAUCUUAUUGAUCAUGAAAAAAUUCAUACUGGAGAGAAACCUUAUGAAUGUGAUGAGUGUGGAAAAGCAUUCAGCCAGAAGCAAAGCCUCAUUGCACAUCAGAAAGUUCAUACCGGGGAGAGACCUUAUGCAUGUAAUGAAUGUGGUAAAGCUUUCCCUCGAAUUGCAUCCCUUGCUCUUCAUAUGAGAAGUCAUACAGGAGAAAAACCUUAUAAAUGUGAUAAAUGUGGAAAAGCCUUCUCUCAGUUUUCCAUGCUUAUUAUACAUGUAAGAAUUCAUACAGGUGAGAAACCCUAUGAAUGUAAUGAAUGUGGCAAAUCCUUUUCUCAAAGUUCAGCCCUUACUGUCCAUAUGAGAAGUCAUACUGGUGAGAAACCGUAUGAGUGUAAGGAGUGUAGAAAAGCCUUCAGCCACAAGAAAAACUUCAUUACACACCAGAAGAUUCAUACUAGAGAGAAACCUUAUGAAUGUAAUGAAUGUGGGAAAGCAUUUAUUCAGCUGUCAAAUCUCGUUAGACACCAGAGAAUUCACACUGGAGAAAAACCCUAUAUAUGUAAAGAAUGUAGCAAAGCCUUUAGCCAGAAAUCAAAUCUCAUUGCUCAUGAAAAAAUUCAUUCUGGGGAGAAACCCUAUGAAUGUAAUGAAUGUGGUAAAGCCUUCAGCCAAAAGCAAAACUUUAUUACUCAUCAAAAAGUCCACACUGGAGAGAAGCCUUAUGGUUGUAAUAAAUGUGGUAAAGCUUUCUCUCAAAUUGCAUCCCUUACUCUUCAUCUUAGAAGUCACACGGGGGAAAAGCCUUAUGAAUGUGAUAAAUGUGGGAAAUCCUUCUCUCAGUGCUCAUUGCUUAACUUACAUAUGAGAAGUCAUACAGGUGAGAAGCCCUAUGUAUGUAAUGAAUGUGGAAAAGCUUUCUCUCAAAGAACUUCCCUUAUUGUGCACAUGAGAGGUCAUACUGGUGAAAAACCCUAUGAAUGUAAUAAAUGUGGAAAAGCCUUCUCCCAAAGCUCAUCUCUCACUAUACAUAUACGAGGUCAUACAGGUGAGAAACCCUUUGACUGCAGUAAAUGUGGAAAAGCCUUCUCUCAAAUCUCAUCUCUUACACUACAUAUGAGAAAACAUACAGGUGAGAAGCCUUAUCAUUGUAAUGAGUGUGGUAAGGCUUUCAGCCAAAAAUCACAUCUUGUUAGACACCAGAAAAUUCAUACUCUUUAGAAAUAGAAACCCUAUGAAUAUCGUGAAUAUGGAAAAACCUCCAGAAGGAAUUAGCACCUCCUUUCAUAAUACAUAAUUGAUUCUAGAACAGAAAACAAUGAAUAUGAGAAAGCCUUUUGAAGAAGUUACACAUUCAUGAAACAUGAGAAUUCUUACCAGGGUUACAAAUUGUAUAAUGAAAAAGCUGAUCAUCAAAAACUUUUAGCAUAUAUCUUAUCUACUAAUAAUAUUUAUUUAUCAUUUUUAUUAAAACCUGAAACAAGAUAUCUUCUGUCAGCUUGUCAACAUGAUACUUGGGCUCCUAGCCAAUGUAUUAUCAAGAAAAAGACUGGGGGAAAAGAGAAAUUAUAAAAAUAACCUUUUAUAUGAGAAGUCACUAGAAAAUGUGUUGAUAUAAAUUAUGUAAGACUAGACAGAAAAAUGAAUUACUAUAUAUGUAAAAUUAUAAAAUAUUUUGAAGAGCAUAAAAGAACACCUUAAAGAUUUAGAAAAAUAACACUGAAAAGACUUGGCAUUGUAAAAAAGUAGUUUUUCCCCCCCACAAAUCUCUAAAGUACUUAUAAAGUACUUUCACUUAGAGUUUUCAUUAGUUAGUUUUACUUUAAGAAUUUCGCAGGCUGAUUUAAAAUAUUAUAUUGGAAUAUAAAGGACUAAAGAUAGCUGAAAAAAAUGUGAAAAACCAAACAAAAGAGAAGACAGUAUACUAGAUAUCAUCACAUACUUUAUUUUAAACUGUGUCAUUUAAAUAAUGUGUUCUUGAGGGGUAAAUCAGCAGAAACAAAUUGAGGAUUAGAAGACAGAGAUAUGCAGAUUUUGUGUAUGAUACUGCUGUGGAAAUCAUUGGAUAAAGUAUGGCCUAUUUAAUAAAUGGAAGAUUCAUAUUAAUAAAAAGUAUUAGCUGUCUAUACCAUAUAUAAAAAUAAAAUCCAAAUAGAUUAAUGAACAAUAUAAAAAGCAAAAUUCUAAAACUAUGAUGAAAAUAGUAUAUAUUACUUUAGAGUAACAGGAUUUUUUAAAAAACACAAAUACGGAUCGAUCAAUUCUUUUUUGGUGUAUUGGUUUCAAAGGCACCUACAUAUGUGCACAAAGAGAUAAUUGUGCUCACUGUAUUCUAUUUUGGUGUAUUAUCUUUAGAGCACCCACAUAUAUGCACAGAGAUAUAUAUGUUCACUGUAUUAUGCUUUCUAUUACUGCAGAUUGGACUUAGCAUAAAUUUCUAUUGAGAGGUAGAUCAAUAUGAUGUGAUUAUGUCUGUGAUGAAUACAAUAUUUACAGAAUACAAAUUUGACAUAGUUACACGGAUAGUUCACAAUAUAUAAUAUUAGGAGUAAAAAGCAAAGUGUACAAUAAAACAUGAUAUUUUUGUAUACACUUAAUACAAUAAUACAAAGAAUAGUACUGUGUAUUUACCAUGGAUCCAUAUAUUACCGUGGAUUCCACUUUUAUGAAAUGGAAAAAGUUUGGAGGGAGUGGCUAUAUUUACCUGUAAUAUCUCUUAAAGCAAGCAAGCAAAUAUGACAGUGGUAACAAAUCUGAUUGUCAAAAUUAUGUUGCUUUUGUUUAUAUUCUUUCUUGCCUUUCUUUAUUAUCUGUUUUUCUAAAAAAGAAUCAGGGUUGCAGGAAACCUGGACCCAUAGAAACAAUUUUUAAAUGGGUUCUUAUUUUUGAUCAAAUACAUUUAUAGAGAAUUCUCUUUGCUAAUACACAAACCAAGCCUGAAUUAAGAUAUGCUUUGCUUGCCGUGUCCUCAUGUUAAUUAGAAUAAUAAAAAUCAGUAGUAUAUUGCAUUUGAGGCCAGCUUUUUAAAAUUUAAUUUUUAUUUCAAACACUAUUUUUUCUCUAGUUGAAAAUAGUAAAAUAACAAAAGAAACAUUCAAUAUUUGGGAUAACCAACUCUCCAUUUGGGAGGAAAAAAUUGCCUGCAUUUGGGCUGGUCUCAGAUUGAGGGAGAGAGACCAUUCAUGCAUACUAUAAAAUGUGAUUAAUGGUCUAACAAGUCAAGCUCAAGGACUGUUGCCAACAUCAGAGCAGAAGCAAUUUCAAUAUAUCUCAACAAAGGUUUCUUUGGUUUCUGGAUUCUUAAAUGGGAAUGCAGAUGUUGGUGAUUUUAUAUAUGUCAGGUAAGGGCUCAGUGGAUGUGAAAGGUCACUACCACAGCUGUUUUAUAUUGAGGCCUUUCAAAUAUUUUUGGUACUCAAAUUUCCUUUUCUCUGAAUAGCCCAUUUAUAUAUUUUGUCUAUUUUUUUCUACUGGGACUUUCAAAAUGUUUUUAGUUAGAAAUAAGUAUAGAUUUAUAUGAGGUUAAAGUAACAAUACCCUAUAGUACUAUUUAAUUUGUAUACCCACAUUCAGUUUUCCCUAAUGGUAACAUCUUGUAUAACUAUAGUAACAGUAUCAUAGUUCCUCUACAGCUAAUGUGUCAUUUCUUUCAAAAACUUUUUCCUGUAUUUAGUUUUCUGAAGUUUGAUUGUUGUUUCUUGGCAUGAAUUUUGUUGGGUUUAUCCUGUUUGGGAGUUUGCUCUGCUUCUUGAAUCUGUAGGCUUAUGUUUAUUGCCAAAAUUGUGGAAUUUUCUGCCAUUAUUUCUUUGAAUGCUUUUUCAGCCUCACAAUCUUUACUGUUUCUUUGUAGGACUCAGCAUAGUUUUCCUCUGUUGUUCAUACUGGGUAAUUUCUCUAUGUUCAAGUUCACUGAUACUUUCUUCUGUCCUCUCAUUCUGCUCUUGAGCACAUCUAUUGAGUCUUUUAUUUUGGUUACCGUAUUUUUUUGCAUAAUAAAAUAAAAAAGUUCUCAGUCUUUUAUUAGAAUAACUUCUCUAAAAGCUUGAAUGGCUCACUAUAACACCCCCUAGGCAUAGACUGAGCAACCUCACUCUUCCAACUUGGUUACUGUAUUUUCCAGUUCAAAAUAUUCCAUUUUGUUCUUUGUACUCUUCCCUUUCCUUGCUAAAUUUUCUAUUUUCUUCAUGUGCACAAAAAAAUUUAAGUUUAACAUGAAAAUUGCAUAGU